UGUCGUGGGCGGGUUGACUUACUCAUCUGAAGCGGAGCAUGUAUAUGUACUCCAAUUCACGCUGGAUGGUGUUUACUGUACAGACCGGAGCGACGCUAGAACGCUGGAGGAUGUUUGAUGAUCACCUUCAGAAAAGAGUGACUUUUUAAUUUUUUUUAAUCUGUAUUUCUCCGGUGCUGACAGGAUUUCUGUUUGACGCAAAGAAUCAUGAGCGGACAGCGGCGUUAAAUUGUGGCUCAACCGGUGACACUCGACGGUGCGGGAGCAUUUUGGCGUCGUUUUUUUUCAAGCGUGUGUCAAACAAAAGCAUCGUGUCACAGUUUGCUGACGGUGCUGUAUUGAUUCACUAGAUAAGACGAGCACGUCUCACUUGAACUUGGUGUUGAGCACAAGGAGGCACCUGAGUCACCCGGACGCGGACUGUCGUUAUUUUUGUGAAAACCUCCUGAAAUAAACAUGACGGACGGUCCCAGACGGCGAAACUCAUCCAAGGAUGCUGCCGAACAGAAAGAGUCCGGUGGUGGAGUUGCGCUCAAAAAAGAGAUCGGACUCGUGAGUGCCUGUGGUAUCAUUGUCGGUAACAUCAUCGGCUCCGGUAUCUUCGUCAGUCCAAAGGGAGUGAUGGAGAAUGCUAGCUCCGUGGGUGUGUCGCUACUCGUCUGGAUCAUUACGGGUGUCAUCACAGCCAUUGGCGCUUUGUGCUACGCAGAGUUGGGUGUUACCAUCCCGAAAUCUGGGGGAGACUACUCCUAUGUCAAAGACAUCUUUGGAGGACUUGCUGGCUUCCUGCGUCUGUGGAUCGCUGUGCUGGUUAUCUACCCAACCAACCAGGCUGUGAUUGCGCUGACAUUCUCCAACUACGUCCUGCAGCCCAUUUUCCCCACCUGCUUCGCACCAGAGAGUGGCCUGCGUCUGCUGGCUGCCGUCUGCCUCUUGCUGCUGACGUGGGUGAACUGCUCCAGCGUGCGGUGGGCUACCAGAGUACAAGACAUCUUCACAGCUGGGAAGCUGUUGGCCCUUGCACUCAUCAUUAUCAUGGGCAUCGUGCAGAUCUGCAAGGGUGAGUUCUACUGGCUGGAGCCUGCCAACGCGUUCGAACCCUUUCAGGAAUACGACGUGGGUCUGAUAGCCUUAGCGUUUCUACAAGGAUCUUUUGCCUAUGGAGGAUGGAACUUCCUAAACUAUGUGACAGAGGAGCUGGUGGAUCCCUAUGUAAAUCUUCCUCGAGCCAUCUUCAUCUCCAUCCCCCUCGUAACAUUCGUGUACGUUUUUGCCAACAUCGCCUACGUCACAGCCAUGAGUCCCCAGGAGCUGCUGGCCUCCAAUGCUGUUGCUGUGACAUUUGGUGAGAAACUUUUGGGUGUGAUGGCCUGGAUCAUGCCCAUCUCAGUGGCUCUGAGCACGUUUGGAGGAGUCAACGGCUCCCUAUUCACCUCAUCCAGAUUGUUCUUCGCAGGUGCCAGAGAGGGUCAUCUUCCCAGUCUUCUGGCCAUGAUUCAUGUCACCCGCUGCACUCCCAUCCCUGCUCUGCUUUUCACAUGUCUGUCCACCUUGCUGAUGCUGUGCACCAGCGACAUGUACACGCUCAUCAACUAUGUUGGUUUCAUCAACUACCUCUUCUAUGGAGUCACAGUUGCCGGGCAGAUUGUACUGCGUAUCAAACACCCAGAUAUGCAUCGGCCAAUUAAGAUCAGCCUGAUAUGGCCGGUGAUUUACCUCUUGUUCUGGGCCUUCCUGCUUAUCUUCUCGCUCUACUCUGAGCCAGUGGUCUGUGGCAUUGGUCUGGCCAUCAUGCUUACAGGAGUGCCGGUCUACUUCCUUGGAGUUUACUGGGACAACAAACCUCAGUGUUUUGAUGCUUUUGUUGAUAAGAUGACCUACUUGGGUCAGAAGUUCUGUAUGGUGGUUUAUCCAGAAAUGGGAAAGAGCGGUGAUGCCGAAGGCGAGGAGAUGAAGGAGGUCAUGUCACCCCUGUCCAAAGAAGACAGGGAGAACCACAAGUCGGAGGACUGCUAAGCACAUUCUUUAGCCUCACUCUGUCCUUGUGAAACACGCACAGGUGCAGUGUACUUAAUCAAUUUCCCCAAAAAUAUACAUUUGCCAAAUACUAGUUUACACUUAAAAUAAUGUUGUUCACUAAACUUUUCCUCUUUGGUGGUUUGUAGUGUGCAAUAAACACAAACUACGCACCUCCCACCCCCUUCCACACACUCCGCACACUCCUGCUGUAAGAUUAGUUUUUUAUUAUUGUUAUUCUCUUAAGACUUGCUGUACAGUCAUGAUGACACCAUUUUUAUUUUAGCUUUAUCAUAGAUUCAACACCAAAGCUGAUUUAAAUCAGAUUAACAUAAAUGUAUUUUAGAGUAUUUUUUUCCAAACUGUGAUUAUGAAAUGUUUUUACAUGGUAAUUGUCGAUGUCUCUUUAUUUUAGUAGGACUGUAUUGAUUUUACUAUUUGACUUUUUUUUUUUUUUUUUUACUCUCGAAGGUAAUGUGUGAUUUGUCCUCUGUCAGUUGCCUUAUUUACCGAUCUCCCUUUGCUGUGAUUGAUGUGUGCGAUAUCUACCCUCGUGCUUUUGACUGCCCCUGAUCGAUUUGUCUGGAUGAACUUUUGUCUUGUAUUACCGGCAAAAACACGAGACCAUGUUUGUUUAUGUGUAAAUCCCUACACCGACACAUGUGAAUGCCUCUGUGCUUUUUCAAGACAUUGAUUGUCUUUUUUAUGUUUGACAGCAAAAGUAUUUUUAUAACUAACAUCUAGCUGUGUUGAAAUAAAUACUUGUGCUUUAUUUUAGCCUACAGAAUAGAGCUUCUUAUUGAUAUGAUUAACAACAAAGAGUUUUAGUGCAAUAUUAACAAAUGCACCAGCAGAGCCCGAACCUGCAACCACGAUUAUCAUAUUAGUGAUGUAUCCAUAGUUUCACUCUUUAUUGAAGUCGCAACACUCCUGCUCUUCGUGUCUCAGGGCAUCUCUACUGCCUUCUCUCUACACACACUGCCGAAAAAACCUCCGGAAUUUCAAAGUCAGCAGUUUUUUCCUGCCUUUUUCCAACCUUGUCUUUCAGUGCUUUGCUGGCACUGGACAGGUGCUUAGUCCUCAGGAGUCAAAACAGCCGGCUUAUAAUCACGAGUGACUAGAAAGAGUUGUUAACGUCAGACCAGUAUUGCAGAGUUGUUUAAUGGAACAGGGAGUCUUGACAGUACAAGUACAAUGAUGUAAUUUGUGCCUGUGAGUGUGUAUUAGUGUGAUACACGGAUGUCUUGUUUGUCUGUUGUUUUGUGAUCAAUAAAGCAAAAACUGACAAUUUUUCGAAUUUGGACUAGAGGGCCUCAUUUGUGCGACACUCUGGUACAUUCUGGUUUCCCUCUAUUGUGUGAAGAUGUGCGUAUCUUAAAUAGCAUUGUCUCUAAGCUAUAUGCCAUUUGUUUCACAACUGUUCAAAGGACUUUUUAAACUCUGUAAGAGGUUUCUUUUUUUUGGUCGACACAGUGCAGUUUGUAAACUCACUCUUCUUUGUCUGUGGCACACAUCAGUUUGUAUUCUGUUGUGCUGAGUGUCUUUCUGUGUUGGAAUUGUAAAAUGAAAGCUGGUUGUAAGGCAAUAAAAACAUCCAAGAGAGAAUGUUAAAUGUAUGAAGAUGGUUUGCUUUAUUUACACAGUAAUAAUGCUGGGCUGCAUCAAACACAGCAAAAUUA